AUGCAGGUAAUUAUCCAAAGCAGAUUCCACUACAAUGUGUCCUGGUCAAAGUGCUAUAGAGCAAAGUGUAGGGCCAUGUCUUUGAUAGAAGGGAGAUUGAGUGAUCACUAUGCUAAAGUAUGGGAUUAUGGUGGUGAGCUGUUGAGAUCAAAUCCAGGUCAAUGUAAGGGAGAAUUGUUAACUAUUAUUGGUAGAGAUGCAAACAAUCAAGUGUAUCCCAUUGCCUGGGCUGUAGUUUACAUAGAGAACAAGUUAAACUGGAAAUGGUUCUUGGAAUUGAUAACAAAUGAUUUAGAAUUGGAUGGUGGAAGGGGUAUGGCAGUAAUUUCUGAACAACACAAGGGGCUUCUUGAGGCUACAAAAGAAGUCCUACCACUUGCACAACACAGACAAUGUGCUAGGCAUAUAUAUUUCAACUUCAGGAAGGUGUAUAGUGGUGUGGAGUUUAAAAAUAUGUUUUGGGUUGCUGCAAAAUCAACUGUUGAAGGGGAGUUCAACGUGAACAUGCAAAAGAUUAGGGAUAUUAGUCCAUCUACUUAUGAACAUCUAAUGGUAAGGGAUCCCAGUUCAUGGUGCAGGGCCUUUUAUGGUGGAGGAUUGGCAUGUGAGGCAGUAGAAAAUGGAAUGACUGAAUGUUUUAAUGCAACUAUCGUGGAUGCUAGAAAAAAGCCCCUACUGGCCAUGCUUGAGGAAAUAUGA